CCUUCUACUAAUUUAUUUUAUCUUGUGAUUAAAUUGAUAUGAUGUUUCUUAUAUUUGUAAUGUCAUGUCUUUUUUUAUCUUAAAGUUGUAAUACACUAAAGGAUAACAAUGCCAUACAUUUUCGUUCAUAAGAAUUGUGGUAUAUAUAUCCACAUCUAUCGACAACACAUUUCAAUUGGUUGUUUUUGUGUAUAUAGUUAGUGUUAUCAGUUAGAUGACUAAUAAUUUAUUAGAAAUCCAUAAAUAAUAAAACAUUUUACAGUAUUAUUCAAGAUGUCUAUCCAAACAAGUCUUGAUCAAUUUUUUAAACAAAAAUUAAAAAAUACUCGAAAAGUUAAAUCACAAAAUCUUGUUGGUUUAAAAGAACUUAAAAGGUUGAAAAAGCAAUCUAAGAACAUAAAAUCACAUGUAAGAUCUAGACAAAAUAACGAAAGAAAACAUUUUUCGUCAAUUAAUACAUCAUCGUUUUAUACUAAUAAAUCAAUCGACAAUACACAAAUAGCAGAUACAGGUACUCAUUUUAUGGUAGGUAUGAAUACAGCUUAUGUAUCAGAAGACCUACUAGAUAAUAAAAUUGAUAUAUCAUCAGAUUGCUCUAUAAUAUAUGAAAAAAUAUGUACAUCAAAUAAUAAAAUAUCACCUGAUAAAAAAGAAGCAACAGAGUAUGAAAGUCAAAUAAUAAAAGAUUCUGAAAAAACUUGUAUCAAUAGUCAACUACAAAGUUUUGAGGAACAAGUAUCGUCUAGUCAUAAUGAUAAUGAACUUAUAAUGCCAUUUAAAUCACUUGAAGAAGAAAGUAAUAGAAGGCUUUUUAUAGAAGAUUCCAAGAUAUUGGAUAUUGAACAUAAGCAUAUAAGUAAAGGAAAAUAUAGGAUUUCUUCAGUACAUAGCAGUCCUGUAAAAAGUGUAUUAAACUCUCCUUCUAAACAAAGAAAUCCAACUUUCACUCCAAAGAAAAGUUCAACCAAAGAAGUUGUGUCAUAUAAUUCAAAAAUUCCAAAGAAUUCAACUCUUUAUUUUCGACAAAUAGUAGAUAAAGAACUUACACAUAUUGCAAUAGAAAAUAUGAAUCUUAUAAAAGAAGGUGUAAUUGUGGCUAAUAAUUUUGAUCUUCAGAAGAUAUAUGCUAGUAAUUCAUUUACAUUUAAAUACAAUCGUGUAGAUACAAGAACAUCUGAAAAAUAUGAAUAUAAUGAUGUGAUUAUACCAACAGAAACAUAUGCUGCACUUUUAUUUAUGAUAGUAGUGAAUGUUUUUUCAAAUCCUAUAAAUUGUGGCUAUUUUGAUAAGGAUGAAACAGAUUUUAUUUUUUCUAUGUUUACACUUUCUGUACAAGCUCAAAUGUUAUUUGCACGUAUCUUAAAAAGAAAAUAUUCAUGGCAUAGAGUAACACAUUUAAAAUAUAAAAAUUUAGCUGAUGAUUUAAUGCCAAUUUACAAAGAACUUGAAUCAAAGUCAUUUUUUACAUCUGACAUUGAAAGUGAAGAAAUAUCUACUUCCUUUACAAUGCUUCAAGCUGAUGAAAUUCGUACAAUUUGUAAAGAUUUUAAAUUAAAUUAUAAUAAUAAAGAAAAAUCGAUACAGAAACUAUUAGAUAUAGCAGCAAAAAAACCUCUUUUUCCUGGCAUGAAAAGCUCUGGUGAUAGAUUAAAGUCAUUGGUAUCAAAUAAGUUGGGAUAUUGUAUACGUUUACAUCAAAAGGCAAAAGAUACUUUUGAUAAGGUAUUAACAUUAUUAAUACCUAAUCAAGACCCUCAAGAAACUUUAUCAGAUACAUAUAAUAAAUUAAUACAGAUUGAUCUUAAAAAGAUGUUUUUUCCUACAUUUUCUGAUAAAAGAUACCCUAUUUUUAGCAACAAAAAUCAAUUACUUCGAUAUAUUGAAGCAAAACAUAAACUAACUGGUAUAUUAAAUGCCAUUGAAAAAAAACAAUGGGAAACUGUAAGAGAAAUUGGGAAGUUAGCUUAUGAUCAAUGGUUAAUUAUUAUGGAAAAUGAAUGCACAAGUUUAGAAGAUUAUGUGCUUCCUUCGCAUAUAUCUCAUUUUAUGCCAGGUCGUUUAUGGUUGAAAAUAUUAUCUAAAAGUAUAGAUUCAUUUAAAAAAGUAAAAGAGACAUUACCGUUUGCCAUUGAAAUUUUACAUAAAUUAAUAAAUCAAAAUUUGUAUAUGCAAAGAAAAAAAGAAGCUUGGUAUGCUGAAUUAGCAUUGAUUGAAAUGUAUCAUAAUAGAAAUUUAGAAGCCAGUGCAAAAAUAACACUAGAGUCAUUGAAAAUUGAGAAUUUAUCCGAAGUUGGUACUGCAGAACUUUUGGAAAGAGCAAAAAAACUUGUUAAAAGAAAAACUGGCAUAAGUAACACUACGUUGACAAAUAUUAAGAUCACAUUAAAAUUCAUGGAAAGCAAUUUCACAAGUUCAAUAUUAAAUACAACAGUGGAAGCUACUUUAAUGAAAGGAAAUUUUGGAACUAGUAAUAUAAAGAGCAAAUGGUAUAUUGGCAAUAGUACAGAUGAUAAAUCCUAUGGUUCAGUUGAAAAUGUUGCAUUGAACUUUUAUUAUAAUCAAGGUUUUAAUUGUGGAAUACAUUGCGAAGGUGCUCUACCAGUUACUUUAUUUUUUGCAUUAUUUUGGGAAGAACUAUUUAAUAUUGAUAUUCCUGGAACUUUUGUGACAUUAUAUCAAACAGCUCCUCUAGAUUUAUUUACUAAAGAUUUUUAUAAGAACAGAAAAGAAACAAUUGAUAUGAGACUUAAGUUAUUACGCAGUUUUGAUUUAGAAACUUUUUGUAGUUUAGUGGAAAAUAACUUUAUAUCGAACAGUCACUUUGAAUCCAUGAUGCAUGUUAAAAUGUUUACAAGUAAUAAUAUUAAAGAAAUCGUAUAUUGUUUAGGGAUUGAGAAUGUUAUAAAAAUUUGUGAACGACUUAUUCAUAAUUAUAGCUUAUGGAAAGCUGGUUUUCCUGAUUUGAUCGUAUGGAAUUCAAAUAAUAAAAGUUGUAAGAUCAUUGAAGUAAAAGGACCUGGUGAUAAGCUUUCAGUGAAGCAAACGUUAUGGUUACAAUACUUACAUCAAAUGGGAGUAAAUGUGGAAGUUUGUCUAGUAAAAGGUAAAUCAUUUUUAUAUUCAUAUAAUUUGUUUAUUUUUUCUAUUUGUAAACUUGAGAUAAAUUAUAUUGUAAAAUUUAUGGCUCCAAUGCUUCCGUUACGGUGA